CUGAGUUGCAGGCAGCCUUCCCCUCUUUCUCUUAGGAGACCUCACCGAGGAGCAGAGAUCAGUUAGACCAGUCAUCUUAAGCAAGCUCAUCCAGAGCCUCGGGUUUCCUUAGUUGGUCAAGAAAAGGAGGAAGUUCUCGAAGGGACUCGCCACCAUCAGUGGGCCCAGGACGACCCCUCUUCGCUGAAGAGAAUGUGGAGCCAUCUGAACACACUGUUCUUCGGGGGCAUUUUUCCUUUUGUCACAUUUCUGACAGCUGCCUGGGAUUGCGAGAUCAUGAGCAGAAGGAAUGAAUUCUCUGCUCCGACUUUGUCCUCAAAUACCAGUACGGCCAGCAUAGGUCAAAACGUGUCUCUGUUUUGUUCCAACAAGAACAAGACAGUCGAGACCAUCUACUCAUUGUUUUUACACAAGAAACACCUGGCAAAGAAGGAAGGCCAAGGCAAACCCGUGAUUUUUAAUAUAAGGAUCUCCAAAGCCAGUGAGUCAGGGCCCUACAAAUGCAAAGCCCAAGUUUCCAACUGCUCGAAAUAUAGUAGUGAAUUCAACUUCACACUUGCUGAUGGAGACAGCUGUCCUCUGUGCCUCCCGAUGCUGCUAAUUCCUGUGCUGUUACUGAUGCUACUGGCAACAAUCCUAAUUCUCAUUUUUUGCAUCCGACCAAAAUACAAAGCAAGAAAAGCUAUGAGAGAAAACAGACCCAAGAGCCCUGGAGAUCUUCCCAUGGAAGGCGAACUGUAUGCAAAUAUCUGUAAAGCAGGGACAGGACACUUCCAGGAGAUACACUAUGCCACCCCAGUGUUCCAGGAGGGACCCAGGGAACAAGAAGCCUGUCACAAUUGCAAAACUGGUUAUGUCUAUUCCGAACUCCUUAUGAAAUGUAAAGAAACCGACUCCAUCUCAGUAUAAGCUGCUGUCUAGGAAGCUGAUUUACACAAAGACACAGCAGAUUU